AUGUUGGUUAACCCUUUCCUUUGUGUCCAAUCCAAUGUGGAGAAGGGGCGGCAAAAGAAGGCACGGCUACCUGAGAACAGCGAGGGCUCCCGAGACUCGGACAGCUCAGCUGGGCGUCGUGGGAGUGCUAGCCGCAAGCACGGGCGAUGGAAAGGCCGUCCGGAGGGUCCUGGGGUGCUGGUGACCAAGGUGGUGAGAGCCGUCACAGUGAAACACAAGCCUGGACGGAGGCUCCCUGUCAUGCUGGACUCAUCGAGCCGGAGGAACCUGACGGUGCUGCGUGGGGACGCCCAGCUGGCCAUCUUCCAGCACGGUGACACAGGCAGUGUAGAGGGGGCCCCUCAGCCCACCGAGAACAGCUUCACCCCGAAGUGUGAGAUCACAGGCAAGGAUGCCCUCUCGGCACUGGCGAGAGCCAGCACCAAGCAGUGCCAGCAGGAGAUUGCCAAUGUGGUGUGCCUGCACCAGGCUGGGAACCUGAUGCCACGCUCCGUGCCCCGGCACUGCCAGCUCUCAGGGAAAGUCAGCCCUGUGAUCCAGUGGGACGAGAGCAGAAUGCAGCAGACCCCUGUGAAGAAGCCGGUGCGCAUUGCAUACAUGCUGGUGGUUCACGGCAGGGCCAUCCGCCAGCUGAAGCGGCUCAUCAAGGCCGUGUAUCACCAGCAGCACUUCUUCUACAUCCACGUCGACAAGCGCUCUAACUACCUGCACCGUGAGGCUGUGGAGCUGGCCCAGCACUACCCCAACAUCCGGGUCACACCCUGGCGCAUGGUGACCAUCUGGGGCGGUGCCAGCCUGCUGAAGAUGUACCUGCGCAGCAUGAAGGAUCUGCUGGAGCUGACUGAGUGGCCCUGGGACUUCUUCAUCAACCUGAGCGCCACUGACUACCCAACCAGGACCAACGAGGAGCUGGUGACGUUUCUGUCCAAGUACCGGGACAAGAACUUCCUCAAGUCCCAUGGCCGAGAUAAUGCCAGGUUCAUUAAGAAGCAGGGCCUGGACCGCCUCUUCCACGAGUGCAACUCCCACAUGUGGCGCCUGGGUGAGCGGCAGAUCCCCGAGGGCAUCGUUGUGGAUGGCGGCUCGGACUGGUUCUCACUGACCCGGAAUUUCGUGGAGUACGUGGUGCGCACGGAGGACCAGCUGGUGUCCCAGCUGCGCCAGUUCUACACCUACACGUUGCUGCCAGCCGAGUCUUUCUUUCACACCGUUCUGGAGAACAGCCACGCCUGUGAGACUCUGGUUGACAACAACCUGCGGGUGACCAACUGGAACCGCAAGCUGGGCUGCAAGUGCCAGUACAAGCACAUCGUGGACUGGUGCGGCUGCUCCCCAAAUGACUUCAAGCCCCAGGAUUUCUUGCGGCUACAGCAACUGUCCAGACCUACGUUCUUUGCCAGGAAGUUUGAGUCGACGGUGAACCAGGAAGUGCUGGAGAUCCUGGACACACAUCUCUAUGGUAACUACCCGCCCAACACGCCAGCCCUCAAGGCCUACUGGGAGAAUGUCUACGAGCGGGUGGAUGGCCUGAGCGGGCUCACUGAUGUCACCUUGACCUUCUACACAUCCUUCUCCAGGCUGGGGCUGCAGAAAGUGACAUCCUCUCAGAUGCAGAAGACAGAGAAACUCUGCAGAUUUCAGCCGCAGGGCUUCCCAUCCAGUGUGCACCUGUAUUUCUAUGACGACCGUUUCCAGGGUUACCUGGUAAUGCAGGAGGUGCAGAACUCUGUGACGGGUCAGGCAGAGUCCCUGGAGAUGUGGAUGAUGCCACGGGGGGCUCUGAAGCUGGCGGGUCACGGAGGACAAUCUAACCGGUUACAGAACCUGGAGGUGGGCACAGAAUGGGACCCGAAGGAAAGGAUCUUUCGGAACUUCGGGGGCCUGAUCGGGCCUUUUGACGAGCCAGUGGCCAUGCAGAAAUGGUCGCGGGGGCCCAACCUCACCGCCACCGUGGUCUGGAUUGACCCCACCUACAUCAUUGCCACGUCCUACGACAUUACGGUGGAUGCUGAGGCUGAGUUCACGCAGUACAAACCGCCUCUCAAUCGACCUUUGCGCCCUGGCGUCUGGACCAUUCGCCUCCUCCAGUUCUGGGAGCCCCUGGGAGAGAACCAGUUCCUGGUGGUGCCGCAGACCUUCAACCGCAAGCAGCCUCUCAGGAAGGAUGACAGCAGCUGGUUACACGCUGGUCCUCCCCGCAAUGAGUACAUGGAACAGAGCUUCCAGGGCCUGGGCGGGAUUUUGAACCUGCCGCGCUCAGACGAGGUGGAGAAGGAAGCCCUCAGGAACACACAGCUGACGGGCAAGGCGCUGGAGGCCUGGACGGACAGCGGCAUCAGCAGCUUCUGGUCAGUGGCCGACAUAUGUGUGAGCAGCCCCUCCGGCUGCUCCUCCCUGGAGAUCUGCAGCAAAACCUCCUGGAGUUCGCUCUCCCCGGACCCCAAGUCGGAACUGGGGCCUGUCAAACCUGACGGGCGGCUGAGGUAGCAGGGGUGGCCUUGGGGCCUGGUCAUUUGGAGCAAGGAGCAUCCCCCAUGGCAGAAGUGGGGAGAAGCCACAUGGCCUGGGGGGGAUUCUCUUGGCUGAUUCAUCCUGCAAAAUUGCACCUUAUCUGCCCAGGGAAACGAGAGAGGAACCUCCAGGUGGAAGAAGAACUUUCCCAUUGUAUUUUGGGAGAGGAGCUAAGACAGAGUCCCACCUACCUCUCCCAGGAGCAAGGGAGUGCCCAUCACUGGGGCACACGAAGGAGCUCUGUAUUUAUUACUCCAUGCAGUUGAGACUCAGGUUUGGGGUGGGGAAGGGUAACUGAGGGAAGGUGGGGGUGGACUAGCAGGCCUGUUGGUUCUGGGUGACCCCAACACCCCUUCCCCCCACUCCCUUCACCCUGCUGGAUCUCUACAGGAUCAGGACUCCUGCUACUGAUUUCCACAUUCCUGAAUGAUGGCUGGCAGAGGGCUCUGGGGAUGGAGCUGUGUGGGGCCAUAACUGGGCUGUGUGACUUUGUCCAUGUCCUCGAAGUGGCUGCUGGCUCGAUGCCUGCAUCUCAUCCCCUCCCCCACCCCUUAGUUUGUAUUUUUAUAAAUAUCUCUAUAAAUAUAUAAGAAGCCAAGUGCAAUAGAGACAAAGGGCCCUGUGACCGGCGGGGACUCCUUGGGUCUCCACCUCCCUGUACACUGGAACACUUCUUGCUCUCGUCGGGGUCCUGUAGAGAAGAGGGUCAAUUGGGUUUCUCCUUGCGGUGGCUGCUGGGAGGUGCUCUUACUAUCCCCUGGCAAAGCGAGGUGGGCAGGGGUUGGAAUCCAGUCUCUGGAGCAGCCAAGUGAGUGCCAAGGCUCCCCGGUGUGGGGUGGCCAACUGUGCCAAAUGCUCCUGCCUGCUAGUGUUUCUCAUAGGAGGCUGGGCCUGAGGACAGGGAUGGACAGCCCCAGGUUGCUGCUGUAGUGUCCAAAGGCUGAGAGGGCCCCCUUGACUCAACAGUCCCCUCUUAUGCCUGCUUGAAUGCAGAGGCUGCAGGAGCCAGGCACUGGGGUAUAAUUGUCCCACCCACAAGGCCCAGCCCUGGCUGCUGCUCAGUCAGCGACGCAUACCUCUGAUGCAGCCCUCUCUGGUUGGGCAGUGCUCAGUGCUAUGUCCAUUAGCCCAGACCUUGGUCUGGGAACCUGUUCCCUUCUGGGUUCCCAGGACUAGCACUGUUGCCCCAUGUGGCUUCCACAGUGAGUGGCCUGGGGUCAAGUGAGGUCUGUGCAGCCUCCCUUGCCCUUUCAGGGUUCCUGCUGGAGCAGGGAAGGGCCUCAGACCAUGUCCAUGUGCCCCGGUGAUGGGGGUCUUCUGAGUGGCCUGGUGAGGAAACGCCGCCUCCAUCCUCCGCGGUGCUGGAGGUGGGACCUGGUGCUUGGAGAAUCUUCCUGACAUGGUUGCAUUGUUUUCAGAGUCCCUGUUUCAUGUGAUUUGUCGCCAUUUGAAACUUUCCACUCAGCCUCUAACCCUAGGCUGACCUUGGCAUGUGGACCCUCCAGCCUGGCUUCUUCCACUUGACUGGUGGGGGCAGUGACCCAUGUAUACAGUCCCAGGGGUGACCCUGCACACACCAUAUUGAACUGCAAAGGGCAUGGGCAGACUGACCAGGUCACAGUAUUGCCACUCAGAGCACCUGGGGAGGGGGAGACUGCCCAGUGGGAAUGGGUCUGAAGUUCAGGUUCAAACUCACAUGGCCUGAUAAGGGCGGGUGGCUCACUCGCCCCAGAGUGAGGGAGUACUUGCACUUCUCUAAGGUCAGUGGCUCCCCUGGAUCAGAGGGGCUGAUUUGGGUUUACGUGUGGCAUUAAGAUCAUCCUCUCCCAUUGCUGAUUUCAGAUGGGGGCAGUCAUGCUGACGGGGACACGAUGUUGGAGCAGUUCUUCCCUUAGCUAGUGGACCCACAGUAGUGGGAGGCCUCAGUUCCCUUUUGGCCGCAGUGAGGGGACAGGCCAGACUUGUACCUGUGCCCUGUUCCCCUCCUCCUUAGCUGGGCCUGUGGGAUGAUGUUGCUUUGACUGGAGAGGGACUUGUUCCAAACUGUGCUGCGUGUCCUCAAGGAACCGGGAGAUAGGACAUGAGUGGGAGGAUCUCUGCAGGAUAAGAAACCUGCUCCAAAGAGGUGGUCCCGAAAGCUGUGUCAGGAGCAUUGUGUAACGUUGUCUGAAAUAUGCAACACCGCCACAAAUAUAUCUAUAUCUCUAUG